AUGACCACUGCCUACCCGGCAUUGAAUGAACUCUUUGUCUUUUUAAAUACCACUAUCACAAAUGUUUCGACAUUUUGUUCGAGAAUUCCUGGAUCUGGAAUCCUACUGAAAUAUAUCAAAAACUCUCACCAAAAUGAUCCAUUUCGAACUACUUUGGAGAUUAUGUUGGUGUUCUUCGCGAUCAUAUACCUGUUCAGAAAUAAAUAUCGAACAGAUAAUAAUUUUAUUGAGUUAACACCAAAGGAAAUUGAUGAAUUGGUUGAAGAGUGGCAACCUGACCCAUUAGUUUCACAAAUUUCUGAAGAAAAAAGGAUAGAAUUAGAAAAAACUCCGGUUAUAAAUGGUCCCACUGGUCCAAAGGUUAAAUUAGCAAAUGGAAAGGUUUUGAUGAACCUGGCAAGUUUUGAUUUCCUUGGAUUUUCUACGAAUGAGCAAUUGAAGGAAAAAGCUAUUGAAACUCUUCGACGUUAUGGCGUAGGUUCUUGUGGUCCACCGGGAUUUUACGGCACAAUUGAUGUUCACACCGAAUUUGAAAAAACCGCAUCAGAAUUUCUUGGUACUGAAGACACUGUAUUGUAUUCUCAGGGGUUUUCUACCAUUGGUUCAGCUAUUCCGUCAUUUUGUAAGAGGGGCGACAUAAUUGUCGCUGAUGAAGGGUGCAACUUCGCAAUUCAGAAGGGUGUACAAAUUUCUCGUUCUAUUAUCAAAUGGUAUAAACAUAAUGACAUGGAGGAUCUAGAGAGGAUUUUACAGAAAAUAAAAGAUGAGGAUACCGAGACUGGAAGACGAUUAACAAGAAGGUUCAUUGUCACCGAAGGCAUCUUUGAAAACUCUGGCGACAUUUCACCUUUACCUAAAUUAAUAGAGUUAAAGAAAAAAUUUAAAUAUCGUAUUAUUCUUGAUGAAAGCAUUUCAAUCGGAACGUUGGGCAAACGUGGAGCUGGAUUGACAGAUUAUUUCGAUAUUGAUCCCAAAGAGGUUGACAUGAUUGUAGGUUCGAUGUGCAAUUCAUUAUUCUCAUCUGGUGGUUUUUGUUCGGGUACGUUUGAAAUCACCGAUUAUCAGAGAAUUUCAGGACCAGCAUACUGUUAUUCUGCUGCUCUGCCAGCAAUGUUAGCGGUAUGUGCAACAGAAUCACUCUUAACUUUGGCUCAAAAUCCAAAUCUUCCCGCGAUAACUCUAUUAAAUACAAGAGCCUUCAAGAACGUAUUGGCAAGUGUAAAAUAUAUUAAGGUUGAAGGAUCACCCGAUUCGCCUAUGUUUCACUUGAGACUAAACGAGGACGUAAUUAGAGUUGGUGAUGUGGAAGAAAAGGAAAGGCUCCUUCAGGAAAUUGUUGAUGAGGUUAUGAACAAUGGUAUAUUGUUAACUCGUGCAAAAUAUGUGAGAAUCCAUGAACUUUUUAAUGUGGAACCAAGUAUCCGUAUUUGUAUUUCCGCUUGUUUCACUAAGAAAGAAGUUGAGAAGGCAGCGUCAACAAUUAAAAGCGUCAUUACCAAAGUUCUGAAAAAUAGA